AUGGGGAUUCCUGGGCUAUUGAAUGCCAUUGGCUCUGGUGAACGAAUUUCGCUAUCCAGAUUGGCUGUAACUCACUUGGAGCGAACAGCAAGACCUAUCCGCAUUGCUGUUGACAUUUCAAUUUGGCUCUUCCAAGUGCAGGCUGGCCGCGGAGGCAAAAAUCCAGAACUGCGGACCUUAUUUUACAGGUUAUUAAAAUUCCUGGCCUUGCCUGUCCAUCCUCUUUUUGUUUAUGAUGGAAAGGACAAACCGUCCUUCAAAAGAGGCAAAGCAGUCCGAACUUACAGCAACGCGCCUAUUAUCAGACAUUCAAAAGCUCUGAUUGAGCUGUUUAGAUUCCCCAUACAUGAUGCUCCCGGAGAAGCGGAGGCAGAAUGCGCAAAACUGCAAAAAGAAGGGGUCGUUGAUGCGGUAAUGAGCAACGAUGUUGACGCAUUGAUGUUCGGAUCGUCGUCGACCAUUAUGAAUUUUUCCAAAGAGGCUGGCAGUGGUACCACUUCUGCCUCGCAUGUGACCUGGUUUCGAAUGGGCGGCCAAACAAACGCAUCGAACGUUCCCAUAGACCGCGCCGGUAUCAUUCUAUUUGCAAUGCUUAGCGGGGGCGAUUAUCUACCAGCUGGUGUUCAAAAAUGCGGUAGCAAAUUGGCUGCUGAGAUCGCAAAGGCUGGUUUUGGUGAAGACCUUUUGGAUGCCGUCUACUCUGAUAGUCCCGAGUUGGAUACGAUGUUAAAUGAGUGGAGAGAAAGGCUUCAAUAUGAAUUGGAUGAGAACGAGAGUGGCUACUUCCAAACAAAGCACAAAGCCGUCCGGAUUCCAGAGGCAUUUCCAGAUCGAACGAUUCUGUCCUUCUAUGCUAAUCCGGUGGUAUCAAAUACGCAAGACUUGGAAGAGUUGAGGAAUAGGCUAUUGAAUGCCUGGGACCAGGACAUCGAUGUCUUGGAGAUCAGGAGAUUUGCCGCAGAAUACCUCGAUUGGAACUAUGUCUCUGGAGCAAGAAAGGUGGUUAAGCUACUUGCAGAACCAUUGGUUUUUUAUAGGCUUCGUCUCGGAAAGUCACCAUUAGCCUUCCCCCGGGGUCCCUCCUUGUCCCACGGCAACGAGCCCAUGCUACAGAAAAUAUACAAGGAGCGGAAAAUCUUUGCUACAGAUGGGUUGACCGAGUUUCAACUUGACAUCGUGCCUAUCGACGUCGCUGGGUUAGACCUAGACGCCGAGCCAAGAAACCCCCCAUUACCAUCCCAUGAAACGACGGUGUCAGGGGAUGAAGAAGAGGAUCAAGAAGUGGUGGAAACUCAAUCUCCAGUAAAGAAACGUGUUACAAAACGAUUUGACCCAUAUGCCUUGGAAAAGGUCUGGGUUUUUGAAACCUUGGCCACAAUAGGCAUCCCGGAAGCCGUGCAAAAGUGGAAAGAGGAACAGGCUGCGAAAUUGGCUGCAAAAAAGAAGCCGGCUGCGCGGAAGACGGGCCCUAGGAAAAAGGGACCGAUAGAUCCAGGGAUGAAGCGUGGAAGCAUCUUGAAAUAUGGCACCCUUACAAAGCAACAGUCUGAUAUCUCCGAAUUCAAGCAAGCCCGACUUUUAGAGGCAGCGACCUCAUCAACGCCAAAGAAGACUAGUCCAUCAAAAACUCAACAUAGUCAAGGGUCGCCCAGUCGUUUUUUAGGGAAUUCGCCAAUCCGUGAUGUGUACAAUCUAGGCCCUGCAGAAAGCACCGGACGACGAUAUACACCUUUUGAUGAUCUUGUUGAUGUUUUCUCUUCUUCGUGCACAAUAUCGCCUAACCUAUGGAUUAAACGUCCCCCAGUGGUCAACAGACCUCGGGUUAGUGCGAGGCGUGCCGCUACAUUCUCGGAUGGCAUUGAAGUAGAGGAUCUCGAUUUGGAAGUUUCGAGUUCCUGGGAUUGUUCCCCGCCACCAUCAUCAUCUGGAGGAAUUAGAAUGAGUUAUUCGAAUUUCGACUGUCAGAGUUCGGUGAUAGAAGACCAGGCGGCAAGCACCAAAGACAUGGCUCUUCCUUCUCCUACCGCUAGGGAGCGUCGCCGAAAAGCCUCGCAGAAACCAAUUCCUCAGGUCUCCCAGGAGUCACAAGUUGUUGAUGAACUCGAAGAUGCCAUGCUUUCGUUGUCAUUACUGAAGCACAACAGCCUUCAUGAAACCCAUGCCAAGUCUUCUUUCAAACCAAAGUCUCCGAAAGUGGCAGAGAAACCAAAAGUCGUUAUCAACUCGAAAAAGCAAACCAAGAAGACUCUCGAACGUUCUGAAAAGAGCGAUAUUGAACCUAAAUGUGAAGAAAAGUCAAUAAAAACAAGAAAAGCAAAACGCAGUCAACCAAAAGCCGACGAGGGUUCUCGGCAUAUAGAAUCUGUUACUGCAUCCAAUGGCUUCUGGAGGGUGGAAACAGAAACUGAGCUGGCCUCAGUGGAGUCCAACGACUCAGAUCCAGCCAGAGUUUCGAAAAGGGAUCAAACUAAAAAGAAGCGAGUUCCACGCGUGAGCAUUCUGGAUUUGAGCUGA